AUGCCUGCAUCUCAAGUAGUCGCACUACAGACCCCCAAAACCUCCACCAAAGACACCACUAUGUUCAACUCGAUGUUCCUCCCGGCCAAGGCUGCGACCGAGCUUAGCCACGAGCUCUCGAGCUACGUCGACCUUUCGGCGCUUGACUCGUCGUCGGCCGACCUCGUCUCCCACAUCACGCCGGCGUUGAACCCGCUCGCGUUCAGCCAUGCCUUCGGCGCCGCAUCGAUGCGCACCCAAGAUGCGUUGCUCGACUCGCCCCUCGGCCUCUCGCCCCAGUCGUUGAACGCGUCGCCGUUUGAUCUUAGCUUCGACGCGUUCGACGCCUCGCCCACGAGCGUUUGCAGCUCGUCGCCCUUCUUGGACACGCCCGACCUCGUCCAGUCGUCGAUGUCGAUUGAGGACGCGUACCCUAGUCUCUUCGGCAGCUCGUCGAUAGUCGCCACCACCAUGCCCGCUUCGCCGCAAUGGGAGCCCCAAGACCUCGCUGGCCUGUUUGCCGCUACGUCCGUCUCUCAGCCGGCCAAACCUCACCUCGCUCCGACGACGACUAUGUCGCCCGCUCUCAUGUCCCUCGACGCCGAGCUCGCUUCGUUGCCCGCCCUGCCAUCGCCUCCCCUUGUCUCGGCUAGCUUUGCUUCGCCAACCGAAGCGGCGGCGACGGUCGAGGUCGAGGCUUUGCCCGAGCUUGAACAGAACGGCAAGAAGGCCAAGUUCAACGGCACGCGCAACACCAAGAAACCUAUGAUCGACUUUGAUGCGCCAACCCUGCCCAAGAACUACCUCGUGCCCGGCAAGACGACCCGCAAGCGUGCGCCUUCUCCUUUACUGAAGAAGGUUAUCACAAGCGGCAACAAGCGUGCUCGCCGUGAGGUGUCCGAGGUCAUCGAGUCGGUCACUUCGAGCCCAGGUAGCGAAGGCGCGGAUUUGCCCGAAGAGGUGCUCUCGGCCAUCGAGGAGAAGCGCCGUUCGAACACGCUCGCUGCUCGCAAGAGUCGCAUCCGCAAGGCCGACCACCUCAAGGAGCUCCACGACCGUAUCGCGGAACAAGCCCAGAUGAUUGUCAAGCUGCAGGCCGAGAACACCGUGCUGCGUGCUCUCACCGCUGCGUAG